AUGGAUGAACAAGAUAAGAACAGAAAUACAAAUCUUGUGUUGGAUCUAAGCCUCUCAAGCAAGGAUUUCGAUCGAAAUUCCGCGCCGGAACUCAAUCUUUUUGACAAAAAUCCUUUCCAAACUCCGUCGAAUAUUGAUCCAAGUCCACGAGGUAAUGAAUCCGAACCACGUGUUUUUUCGUGCAACUACUGUCAAAGGAAAUUCUAUAGCUCACAGGCGCUUGGAGGCCAUCAAAAUGCUCAUAAGCGGGAGCGAACCAUCGCGAAGCGCCGGCCCCGAUUUGGCGUCGCAGCCUCUCUCAACCAGCACCGGUAUUCUAGCAUGGGUCUACUGCCACUGCAUGGAUCAUUGAAUAGGUCUCUUGGAAUUCAAGUGCACUCCACAAUCCAUAAGCCAAGUCUUUUACCAUCAUCCACUAUAUAUGGACAGUAUGGCUGGUCUAGAAAGCCUCUUGAUCAGCAACCGGCCAUCGGGCGGCUGGCGGUGGAGAAUCAUCACGUUGGCAGCUCAUCGAGCGGCGGAGCAGCUCGAUUUGACAGUGUUCCAAAGUUUUCGUCAGUGGUCAACGGUAUCGGAGGACACAGAUGGGACAGUACUGCUCCUCCUAUGAAGACUAAUCAAGAAGAGCAGAAAAAAGCAAAUGGAAAUUAUCGACUUUUCCUCUCGCGUAACUGUCACAAACGUCGUGCUUCUUUGGUCUAUGUCGACAUGAAUAUACAACUUGGAUGGCUAACAUUUGCCCUAAUGACAAGAAUUGUGCAGUUAAAAGGUGUAAUUAAUUGA